GCGAGGACGACGACAAGCAAUGACGACGCAAGAAGACACACUAGUAUGAGCCAAGGCAUCAAGCCGAGCCGGCUGCGUUUCAAAGCGAAAGCGCCUCGCUCUCCCGCAGAAGAAGCUCAGCUCCCACCGGACCUGCAAGAAGAUGAAGAGGAGAUUCUGCAAGCGGCAUCCCUUGAUGCUGGUCCAUCGGUCGCAAUUCCCAAGCGAUGGCUCGAUGCGGCGAGGGAGGGUGAUGGUCGGAGGUCCAAAAUGGCGGGUGGUAUGCAUGAGAUGGACGAGGAAGAGUAUGCUGAGUUCGUUAGGGCUGGUCACCAUUCUAGAACUGGAAGAGGGGCCGAGGAGAGAGAGGAAGAGGAGAAGGAGAAGAGCGAAAAGAGGGAGAGGGAGCAGAGAGAUAGUGAAGCGGAAGCGGAAAAUAGACGCAGAAGGAGACGACGAAGGAGACGAAAAAGAGAAGAAAAGACACGAGCAAAGGAGCAGGAGACCAAUCAUACAUCAAGCCGUCAAGCCUUUGACGGGCAAUGGUCCCUGGGAGUGCUGAGCAGUGUGCAAGACGUCCCGUGGCCUGUGCACCCUCCAUCAUCUCCACUCAACCGUAUCAACAUCGACCACUUUCUCUUCUCUGGAUCUUCUGAGUCCGCAGGCUCGCGCCGUCUCCGGACUGCACUCCGUCGGUUUCACCCGGAUCGCUUUCUUCAGGCCCACACCUUCGCCAGUGAACAAGCCAAGGACGAGAUUCUCGAGAAGGCAAAGACAGUGGCACAAAUACUGGCAGACAUUGUUGUCGACCGUCGCAAUCAAUAGGAAUGCCAAUUUCUACUACUACUGUACUGGUAACGUUUUGUUUUUACUCCCGUUCGAGCAAGAGGUUUUUGCACU